AUGAGUAACUGCGACAGCAGCUCUGUAGUCAUUCAUGAGCUGGACUGUAUGCCCCCCAGGAUUGCCGAUAAAGUGAUUCACCGCCAGUCCGUGAGGCUGGGGAGGACCAUCAAGCUCCUGUGCCCGGUGGAAGGCGACCCCCCACCCCUCACCAUGUGGAUGAAGGAUGGACGGACUAUCCACAGCGGCUGGACAAGGUUCCGGAUCCUUCAGCAAGGGCUGAAAAUCAAGGAGGUGGAAAGCGAAGAUGCGGGAACCUACAUCUGCAAAGCCACCAACGGCUUCGGCAGCACCAACGUGAACUACACCCUCAUCGUCAUUGAUGAUGCCAGCUCAGGAAAGGAUAGCCAGGUACCCGAAGGCUCCAACGGAGAAUAUGAAGAUCACUCUGGGAAGCAGUGGGCCCGGCCCAGGUUCACACAGCCUGCCAAGAUGAGACGGAGGGUGAUCGCCCGUCCUGUCGGCAGCUCCAUCCGCCUCAAGUGCGUGGCCAGCGGGAACCCAAGGCCUGACAUCACGUGGCUGAAGGACAAUAAGCCCCUCACUCCCCAAGAGAUUGGGGAGAACAAGAAGAAGAAGUGGACGUUGAACCUGAAGAACCUGAAGCCAGAGGACAGUGGGAAAUACACCUGCCGGGUGUUUAACAAAGUUGGAGAAAUCAAUGCAACGUACAAAGUUGAAGUGAUCCAGAGGACGAGGUCCAAGCCCAUCCUGACAGGGACACACCCUGUCAACACGACGGUGGACUACGGUGGCACCACAUCCUUCCAGUGCAAAGUCCGCAGCGACGUCAAACCCGUCAUCCAGUGGCUGAAAAGGGUGGAAUAUGGCACAGAGAGCAAGUACAACUCCACCAUCGAUGUCGGGGGGCAGAAGUUCGUUGUGCUGCCCACGGGGGAGGUCUGGUCCCGCCCAGAUGGUUCCUACCUGAACAAACUGAUGAUUACUCGAGCCAAGGAGGAGGAUGCAGGGAUGUACAUUUGCCUGGGGGCAAACACCAUGGGCUACAGCUUUCGCAGCGCUUUUCUCACAGUCCUGCCAGAUCCCAAGCCUCCGAGUGCACCUGUGCCCCCUUCCUCGGCCAGCAGCCUGCCCUGGCCCGUGAUCAUCGGCAUCCCCGCCGGAGCUGUCUUCAUCUUCGGGACGAUCCUCCUGUGGCUUUGCCAGUCCAAGAAGAAACCCUGCUCCCCUCCAGCUGCUGCCCCCGCGCACCGGCCACAGCCCCGGGACAGGAUCUGCGUCUCCCAGGUCCCGGACAAAGACUGCAUCUCCUCCAUAAACUAUGAGGAAUACGUGGCCCAGCAGCAGCACUUGCUGUCCCAAGGGCCUGCGCUCGCCCCAGCCAUGGCGUCCAAAAUGUACCCAAAGAUUUACACGGACAUCCACACCCACACCCACUCGCACGUGGAAGGCAAAGUCCACCAGCACCAGCACAUUCAGUACCAGUGCUAAGAGCUGGCCCUGUACAGUAGCUCGUUUUUGGGCUUUUCUUCGUGGUACCUCAGAAGAGACUGCUCCAAGUCAGCUCUCACUGCCAGCAACAGGCAAAGCAGACAGAAAAGAUUUUAUAUAUAAUUUUAAAUAUAUAUAUAUAUACAUAUAUAUAAUUGUAUAUGCGUGUGUGUAUGUGUGUAUAUAUAUAUGUGUAUAUAUCUAUAUCUAUCUAUAUAAAUAUAUAUAUAAUAGAGAAAGACAGAGAGAGAAAAGAGAUUUUUUUUUUUUUUUUAAUUAUUGCAAUCAGGAUGUAGCCGAGGAAUAAUGAAGGAUCUCCAAAUCACAGCAGAGAGGCAGCCAUCUCCAACAGCAAAGCCUUCCUGGAUAUUUUAAUCAAGGUGGCAACAAGUGAGGCAGGACACAGGGAUGUGAACCACCACCUCCUUCCUUGUGUUACUAAGAGGAGCAAGUAGAGCGAGAGGUGUGUGUGGUACUUUUCUGGAUGGGCACUGCUGUUCUUGUGCCAACUGCACAUCACUUGUUUUGGGGAAAAGCCCCCAGACCUGUCCUGCUCUGAGUGACUCAAGCACUAAAGUACUUGAGGUUUAGUGCCAAAGCACCAGGAGACAUAACCAAUUCAUCUCGUUGAGGGGAAAAAAUAACACAAGAGGGUCUGGAAAAACUAAUUUCCAUUCACAAGGUGAAAUGGUGAAUACUUCUCAAUCACGGUCAGCACAACCAGCUAACCAAGCUGGUUGGUUUGAUUUCUGCAAGGUGAAGACAUCCUGUUUCCCAUGGGAUGUUCUGCAGAUCAGUCCACAAGAGCUCCCCUCCUCUGGUCCCAGGACUCAGUGCCACUGCCAGGAAAAAGGAGAGAAGGAAUGAGGAACAUUGUACAGAACACCUUUAUAUUUAUAUUUAAGAAAUAAUAAUAAAUAAUAAUAAUAAUAAUUGAACUGCUGAUGGUGAAGAAAGCAAAACACACUGUCCUUCUCUGAUGGCUUACGGUGACAAGCUACUGGAUUUUCUACAUCAAUGCAAAAUACAUGAAAGCGUUAGAAGAAAGUGUAAGAAACAAAGAGAAUGAAAUAAUAAUCUUGUAGGAAAAAAUGCAUUUGAGAAAUACUCACCUAGGUUGUGUGUGGUUGUCCCCUCCCCUCAGAUAUCAUUUUGGAAAUGAUAAAACUUCAUUGCAGUUCAACAGUAAAAACAGAAAGAAGAGAAAAUAAAUAAGGACCAUAUUGAAUACCUAUAUGGACUGGGAGUGAAUCCAAUUGCAAAAUAUAAAACCUUUGUAAUUCUAUAUAGAGUUUAAACAGAAGUCAUGUAUAUUUAAUUUAUUUUGUUAAACAAGAAAAAAAGUGUAUGAUAUUUUCCUUGAAACAGGCAUUUCUAUACGUAUUUUUGAUCAAAGAAAAUAAAGAUUUUUUUUUUUCAGGUUCUGUAGAUGCCAUGCUCAGAGUAUGCUCGAUGUAGCUUGUGACCAGCUGUACUUCUCCUAACCUGGUGGUCACCUGUCUCUAUACCUUUGUACACUAACUAUGUGUAAUCUCCUAUCACCUCAGGUACUGUUGGUGCCAGCCUUUCCAUCAGAAACUCACCUUUUUCACUGCUUAUAUUCUGACUGGGAGGGUCUGCAGUGGCCAAGUCACUUCUCAUGGACCCCGUUCAUCUUCAGUAGCAGAGCUCUGUGCUCACACUAUGCAUUUUGAGGGGGUUGGGGAGGAGGUUUCAUUAGGUUUUUAAGCACAAAUCUGCAGUGGGUCGUCAUUUUGAAAGGAAAUUUUGCAUAUCAAAACAUAACAAUUUGUUAGGCUGUAGAAGGAACUUUUGCCUCAGGGUGCCUGGAAAGGGAAAUAUGAAACGUAGGUGAAACAAUAAUUUGUAAGUGCAGCUGCUUUUGCACACCAACAAGAGGCACCCAACUCCUCAGCGGCCAAAAUUUUCUUUAGAGAAGGUAGCUUCAGCAAUGCUGAAACUGUUUGCUCUUCUCUUGAGUUUCAUUUAAAAUUUGCUGGUAAAAAAAAACCACACUGAAAAAUUGAAAUAUGACAGUUUUUAAGUUUGAAAUUACUUCCUUCUCAAGCUUGUUCUGUGAAAGAGAUCCCCACCAAACCAGCUGCUCCGUUUAAAAGUGAAACACUUUAUUGAAUCUGAAACAAAGCAGUGCUUUAGGCUUUGCUUUUCUCUGAACAUUUCUGAAGGUAUUUGCUCUGUGUUGACCUGCAGUGAUUUUUCUGGUGGUUUGUUUGAAUCACCAGCAAACCAAACAGUUCCCUGUUUGCUCAGCCGCAGUGCUGUGAGAUGGGGCCCCGAUUCACUGAAAUACAUCAGCUCCUGCUUUCCUUCAUCAAUACAUGCUGCUUUCAAAAGGUCCCUUUGCCUUAGUCAUGGGAUAUCCAUGUAAUAACCCCUACAGAAAGACCAUUCCUCACAGUGGUCUUCCUACAGAGGUUGUAAUAAAGCAACCCAUUGCUAACCAUUGUUUCUUUUUCAGCAGGAGGGUCCAGUUAAACUUCGUUAACACAAAUUGAUGAGGUCCCUAGAAGCUAAAUUCAGUAUAAGGGUACCUUCAUGUGCAUCCUCUCAGCUUCAGGGAAACUUAAAUUUGGGGACUGAGGACUCUGUUUGGGUAUAAGGCAUGAUUUAGUCAGGAGUUUUUAUGGCUGUAGUAUACUGAGUAAUUUCAUUAAAAGUGCACUUUGUACACUAAGUGCAUCACCUUUAUUUCAAGAAGACCAUACGUGUAUGAGAGAUACUAAGGGCUGCAUCUCAUAUCUCAUACCUGUGGGAAGCUCCUUACUGCACCAUGGUACAUCCCAAGCUACUGCACAUUCCAGCAACAUUAGAGGCAUUGGAAAGGGCAGGAUUCCCCUGUAAGGCCAUGGCCCUUCUCUGCUCUGUAGGCCAGUGCUGCAGCAAGAGGACACUUCUAACACAUGCAGUGUUAGUGGUGCUGAUUCCAGCUUCAGAGGUGGAGGUGAACACUGGGCUUGUAUGGUUCAGCUGAGCAAACCCUGAGAGAUUAUCUUACAGCACUUUUUCAAAUGGCAGCUAUAUCUCUGACCCUCAGAGAGAGGGUCAGUGGGUUAAAAGAAGCAAUCCUGCAUUUCCCAUACAGCCCUUCCAGGCUGUGUGCAGCACUCUCCACCAGUGCCUUCUGGCCUUUGUGAUCCAGCUCUGUAGUGUUUUAUCAUGCACUCAAAAACUGGAAGUUGAAGGAGUGGCUUCUUCCUGCCCUUUAGAGCUCCUGCACUAGAGAUAAAUCUCCAGUGAUGCUGGCAGAGUUCUCCAAAGGCAAAGCUGCAGUGAACUACCCAGUGUGCCUGAAGUAUCAGCCCAGCACAGCUGCAGCUCCCAACUGUGGCACCAAGAAGGCAGAUGUGGUUUUGGACGUGCCAUGGGAGAUGCUGUGAAGGUCUUGAUUUGCAGAAAGCAUGGGGAUUUCAUCCUGCCUCGGAUAUCUGCUCCCUCACGAGCAUCUCCUGUUGCGCACCAAAACUGGUGGGAGAUUCCCCCCCCCCAGGAAAACAGCAUCAUAUGCCCUGUUUAAGAGGGGCUGUAGGUAUUGUCUGGGCCUUUUGCUGGCUUGCUGUGCCUGGGAGGGGUUCAUGUUUUUAAGGAAUUAUUUUGCCUCCACAAGGUACCUGUAAGGGCUCUUUCAAGUCAUGCUGUCCCAUGCCCUACUGCAUGCCAUUGAUUUUUAGGGCUUGAUUGUGCCUUGCAUAUAUUGCAAAGUCUUCCUUAGUUUAAAUAAAUUCAACCAGGUUGUGCUUGUG